UUUGUUGUUGUUCAGGGAUGGAAGUCAGACCGGUGAAAUUUACCUGUGAGGAAGAAGAGGUGGUCCGCGGGGAGGGCAAAGAGCUGGGUAUGCGUGGGGGGGAAACAAAUGAAAUUGCACGUCAAGUGUCCAGAGAAAGCGAUCAGUUGCCCGAUGUGAAAGAAAGUAUUGGGAGUCAAGACAUGGUGAACAAUGUGGAGUGAAAGCCAAGAAAUAAAGAGAGGAAUAUAUGUCUUGAUUCCGACCUUCAUGCAAUGAUGGUAAAGCGAAAAACACCCAAAGAAAAGAGAGAGAAGAAAUCCCCUGCGUCUGGAAGAACGAACUCUCAUGAAUCAGCUCUGGGUGACCAUGAUACAACCCAUGCAGCAAAGAAACAACAUAAAUGCCAGGAGUGUGGAAAGAGAUUCAAGGACAAGGCCGCCCUUUGUGCCCAUCAAAGAACGCACACAGGGGAGAAGCCAUUUGACUGUCCGGAGUGUGGGAAAGCAUUUAGUCAGAAGGGGGCGCUUGCUAUCCAUCAAAGAAUCCACUCAGGGGAGAAACCUUUUGAAUGCUUUGAGUGUGGAAAGAGAUUCUCCCAGAAGGGUGCCCUUCAAGUGCAUGAAAGAAGACACACCGGGGAGAAGCCAUUUAAAUGCCUGGAAUGCGGAAAGGCAUUCUACUGCAGUGGUGACCUUCAAGGGCAUCAAAGAUCUCACACUGGGGAGAAGCCAUUUAAAUGUUUAGAAUGUGGAAAGGCUUUCUACUACAGUAGUCACCUUCAAGAGCAUCAAAGAACUCACACUGGGGAGAAGCCAUUUAAAUGCCUGGAGUGCGGAAAGAGAUUCCACUGCAGUAGUGACUUUCGAAGGCAUCAAAGAAGGCACUUCGGGGAGACACCUCAUAAAUGCUUGGAGUGCGGAAAGAGCUUCAGCUCAAAGAACAGCCUUGCUUUUCAUCAAGGAAUGCACACAGGGGAGAAGCCGUUUGCAUGUUCGCAAUGUGAAAAGAGCUUCAGAUGGAAGGCAAGCCUUGCAAUACAUCAGCAAAUUCACACAGAAACAGGAGAGAUACCAUUCAUUUGUCUGGACUGUGGAAAAGCAUUUAGUUGUAAGAGGUCACUUACUAUCCAUCAAAGAAUCCAUUCAGGGGAAAAACCAUUUAAAUGUUUGCAGUGUGGAAAGAGCUUCGGGAGGAAGGGGACCCUUGCAAGUCAUCAGCGAACUCACACAGGCACAGUAGAGAAACCAUUUGAAUGUUCGCAGUGUGAAAAGAGAUUCUUUUGUAGGCAGAGCCUUACACGCCAUCAGCUUAUUCAUAGAGACAACCCAUUUAAAUGUCUGGAGUGUGGAAAGGGUUGCAGGAAUAAGCAUGACCUUCAUGCCCAUCAAAGAACUCACACAGGGGAUAAACCGUUUGAAUGCUUGGAGUGUGGAAAGACAUUCUGCCGGACGGCUGCCCUCCAAUGUCAUCAAAGAACUCAUACAAGAGAAAAACCAUUUAAAUGUCUGGAGUGUGGAAAGAGUUUUAGCUAUAAGCAGCAACUUGCUAGACAUCAAAGAAUUCAUACAGGAGAGAAAACAUUUACCUGUCUGGAGUGUGGAAAGAGCUUUACUAAUAGGAGAAGCCUUAUAUAUCAUCAGAGAACUCGCACAGGGGAGAUCCCUUUUAAUUGUUUGUUGCUUGAAAAGAGAUCCCACCAGAGGUAUCAAAGUGCUCCCACUGAAACUUCUUUGAAUGAGGAGAAAUCUGAUACUCCUGAUCAUCCUUCUGUUACCAUAAUCCUGGGGCAAGAUGAGGGGUUCUGUGAUAGUGACGCCUUGUCUAAAGUUCCCAGCAAACCAUUGAACCCUGUUGUAUGCCCAGCCCUGAUUCCAGAUUCUCCUCCCAAUACCCUUGGCUCAACAGAGCACAGUUUGCAGUGUAUCCGGUGGGAUACUCAGAGCCAUGGUGGGAGGGCCUACCUGACUCCCAGAGUACCAUUUCUCCCAGGAAAUGCAAUUGAGUAAGGGCCUGUUCAGGAACACAGCUCUCCUUAUGGGGCAGACUCCAAUGCAACUACAGAACUAGGGUCAUCCAGUAUAAAUACUCCCAGACCUUUCCUUGGUUAAGAGCUCCAGUAGAGCCAUUUGAGUCCAUUUAUGGUCUCAAGAUUAUUGUUUCAGUAUCUGGAGUAUAAAUAGAGCUUGAGGCAGAGCACAAGUCUUACUUUACAUCAAAGAAGCCUCACAGUAAAAAGGAUUUAAAUACACAUGGGUGAUUACAUUAAUCAUUCCCUGUGUCCAUAUACGGUUGUCUUUUAAGGACAUAAUUUUGUCAACCAAUGUGUAAAUCAUAUUAUGGUUUGGAUCCAAAAGGGGCCUUGCAUGUUCAGCCCAUUCCAGAAAGUAGCUUUUUCUCUCCUGUUGUCUCUUGCCCCCUGAAGUGCUACAUUUCAGUCACGUGUGGACUGGUGACAGUGGGGCCAGCCGCACGUGCAAGGCCCCAAUCGGAUCCAGCCCAUGAUCUCCCAACUGUGUCUUAUGACAGAAAGUCGUAUAAUGUUGUGGAGUGGGCGACUUGGUUUUGACAUUCUGUGUUCCUUUUACAGCCCCUUGGAUGCCCCUAAAUGUUGGUGUUGUGUGAUCCUC